GUUUUCCAGCUCUAAUUCAUCUCAGGCUUUAACAAAGCAAACAUUCCUUUGUCUUUUUCAACAGCCACAAUGAUGCAUUUAAGGACUUUACUUUUCAUAUCUGCAGUGCUGUCAUGGACACUGUCUUCUGCAAGAGAUGAAACCACGGAAGCAAGAAACGUGGAGGGAGACGUGCAGGAUUAUGAUUUCGUUCAGGGUAGAGAGGAAGCUGUAGUUCCAGAAGCAUUUGACAUGCCGACAUGUUUACUGUGUGUUUGUCUGAGUGGUUCUGUUUACUGUGAGGAGGUGUCCCCUGAUAUGUCCGCUGUCCCAACAUUGCCAAAAGAAACAGCCUAUCUCUAUGCUCGUUUUAACAAAAUUACCAAAAUAAACAACAAGGACUUUGCAGACAUGACAACACUGAAAACAAUUGACCUAAGUAGGAAUCUCAUUGCGGAGAUAGAAGACGGAGCUUUUUCCAGACUUACAAAUUUGGAAGAACUUAUUCUUUCAAACAACCGGCUGACUAAACUGCCAACACUUCCAGUCAGUCUUGUGUCUUUCAACGCCAACUUCAACAAGCUCACCACACAAGGUGUAAAAUCCACUGUGUUUAAGAAAAUACCCAAACUUACGUAUCUUUACCUUGGAAACAAUGAGCUGACAGCAGUGCCUCAACUUCCAGAAUCUCUUCACACUGUCCACCUACACAACAAUAAGAUUGCAACCAUAACCGAUGAGACAUUCUGCCAAGGAAACACAAGCUAUUACAUCCGAAGCAACAUGUGUGAGCUGAGGCUGGAUGGGAACCCCAUCAUGCUGUGGAAACACCCUAACAGCUUCAUCUGCCUGCAAAGUCUCCCAAUCGGAUGGAACAACUGAAAUAACUGACCCACUUGAUUGUAUGUUUUUAUAUUUCAUUUUGUUAGUUAAACCAAAGCUGUUUUGGCAGGUGCCAUUUAGUAUAUUGAAGCCAGGUCAGCUGUUAUAACCAUACUAUAUUCUAUAUGAACAUACAGUAUAUGGAAGUUCUUAAAAUAAAUUUAAAAAAACAGCAAUUAACCAUAAAA